AUGGAGAAUGACUCGGAUUCAGCUGAACACAUCCGGCCUCCGCUAGAAGAAUUUGACGAGCCGGCCCCCGCGGAGAACUACUGGGACUCAGAAGACAAAUGCGAGCUGGAUUGGAUUGAUAUUCUGCCUGAAGAUGAAGCUAAUCACCAUGGCGAAAGAGAACAAAAGAAAGGUGAUGAGGAGAAAGAGAAAAAAGGAAAAGACUCACCUUGGUAUCCCUUCCGGAACAAACAUUAUCUUGCCGGAUCUUUGAUUGUAGGAUUCCUACAUAAAAUUGUAUCACGCUCAAUCUACCACUACAUACGACAGAUCCUCCUCAUCCUGUGUGAUGUCUACCUUCCGGGAUAUGAGGCCUUGCGAAGAAAAAGAAAGAAACCUUCAAUAUCCUCAAGUAGUGAAAACAAAAAUCUAGUCCUUCGUAUCCCCUCAAAUAUCCUGUUUGAAGACUCAAACUUGAUAACAUUACCUGUGGAUGACUUGGAUCUGACAUACUCAGAAAUCAAGACUAAGAGUGGAAAAAAAUUAUCUGAUCUCUGUGGAAAUUGCAUUGAAGAAUCCGAUGGCAGUCAGGUUACCACAAUAAAUCUCCCAAAUCCCUGGCGGACUAAAGCACACGGUAGGAUCAUCCGCCACACCCCUAUCAACUUGUACUGCAAUGAUACGUCAGGAAAUGUUUCAAAGCAAUGGAACAAACACAUUUCCUACUAUUUCACCUUGUCCGGACUUCCUCCAGUAAACUCCAGACAAGAAUUCAAUUGCCACUUCUUGUGCACAUCAAACACAGCCAGCGCUCUGGAAAUGGGGCAGAUCAUUGUCCCGGAGAUGAACAAAAUAUCUAGUGAAGGAUUUGAUGCAUAUGAUGUUAGCCUGUCUGAGGAGGUCUUGGUAAUGACCUCAGUAUUUUCCUUCCUUGGAGACUCCCCUAUGCAUGCCGAGGUCACGAGUACUCCGGUUCCUUCAGCUGCUCUCAACCCUUGCCGAUUUUGUGUGUUAUUGGCUUCAAGCUUACUCAAAAAAGUCACCAUGAAGUACUUGCAAGAGUUUCUGCAAAUGAGUUCACAUGGAACAGAGGUUUGCAAAAUUUCUUAUAUUUUAUUUAUACUCAAAAAAAUCUGGAAUUUGGCAAAGGAGAAAAAGAGUGAAAAAAAAUCAGACGAACUUUCAAUCAAGUGUGGUGUUCAAGAUCAACUUAAUCGCCACUUUGCCUCUGAAAUAUACCAAUCUAAAAGACUCAAGAAAAAGCUCAAAAAGAAUAAAGAAACGAUUCCGGAUCACUUAAAGUCAGGAAUUCCACAACACAUAGUUGAUCUAGAGAAAAAUGAUCCAACAGAUUUAUUCAACCCAUAUUCAGAACUUGAAGGUGCUAAGGUUUCUCUUGAUAUAACCCCUUUCUCUGAAGUAAAAAAACUGAUUCUUGUGGUUGUAAUUCCAGGAUUUGACGGGACAAUACAUACUCCGGUAGAAAUCCUGCAUGUCUUCUUGCUUGGUAUGGUAAAAUAUCUUUUUCGCGAUUUCAUGAAUAGCCUCAAACCUACCAAAAAGGAUGAACUUAUUGGACUAUGGCGAUCAUUCGGAACCGAUGCUUUGAACAUACCUUCACUCAAACCCGUUGGUCUUGUCAAAUACUACUCUAGUUUAAUUGGGAAAGAUUUUAAAGUCAUAGUUCAAGCAGCUCCUUUCUUAUUCUUUCAAUUCAUGGACGGCCCCCGAAAAAACAUCUGGCAUGCUCUUUGUCAUCUGGCACUGCUAGUAUUCCAGACUCACAUCACAGAUAUGGAUGAAUUUUUAUCUGAAUUGU